AUGCAAUACUUGAACAGCGACAACUUCUCCUCGCAGUCGACGCAGACGUCCUCGAUUUUUUCUGCCGAAGAUGAGGACGACUACGGGCUGCGCAUCAAAGAUAUCGAGGAAUACUACGUGCGCACUUUGCUGGACGAAGACGUGGGCGAAAAGGGGGAUUUGAAGCAGCCCACCGCACCAGCGGCGACAAGUGCGCCGCUGAUGCCCUAUUUACCCGCGUUUGCGCAUCAGGUGCCCUUUUACAGCGGGCUUAGACCCGGGUUUACCGCGCCACAGCAGUUUAACAAACAACAAGCUUCGCUGGAAGUCGAGAUCAAUCCCAACUAUAGUCCCGCGACUGGGAUUUUGCCCUUGACCAGCGAGAACUUGAAGCUUUUACAACAUCCAAAGCUCACGCCGCAGCGACUAGAGUGUGCGCCAGUUGAAAUCACGAACUCACCGUCAGCGGGCAUAAAGCGCCAAAAUAACAACAAUAAAUGCAAUAGAGCGCUUUACAAAACAGAACUUUGCGAGUCAUUUUCGACCACAGGAUACUGCAAAUACGGUAAGAAUUGCCAGUUUGCACACGGUUUUCAAGAACUCAAAUUCAAGGAGCGCGACAACAAAUUCAGGACCAAAUCCUGCGUCAAUUGGGUCAAAACAGGAACCUGUCCAUACGGCAAGCGCUGCUGCUUCAAACACGGCGAUGAUCUCGAUAUUAAGGUGUAUGUUGAUGCCGGUACAAUUCCUGCACCGAUCGAAGAACGUAUGAUUCGUCGGAAGAACACGCACGCUAACGUGCAGGCGCUUGAGAAAAUGGCAUGGUGA